UCGCGCAUCUCCAGCCUCAUGCCCAAGCCAUGUCUCGUCUUGCUCUGAGUUAUCCAGAUCCUGAAUUUCCAAGUUGGUAUUUUGAGUUUUCCUUUUCUCCUCUUAAGCAGAGUGAAUUUUUGUUUGUAAAGUUUUCAAGUCAAAGUGUCUGCAUCUGCUGGAUCAGCUCUACACACACACGUUACACGCCGGUAGGAAGAGGAAUAGAGGGAAGAGGAGGAGGAGGAGGGGGAUUCCUUCACCACUGCAGCCUCUUCUCACACCACCUGGCUCCUGUCACCGCACGAUGACCACCCCUUGGAGAUUAGCGGCGAUUGGUUUAACACGGAGCCGAAGAUAAAAAAAAAAACAAGCAGGGUUUUAGUUUAAAAAGGAUUCCUGUGUCUUUGUGCGAAGAGUCUGUGUGCGAGGACCUCUAGGAAUACAAGGAUCGAGUCAAGGGCACGUUCAUUCCUCCUUCCACCCCCCUUUUUACUCCACGCCACCCGCAGGAAGAUGCGAGCGAAGAUAGAAACCUGAGCGGAGUCACAAGAGGAGCUUCAUGGAUUCCAAGGAAUCUUAAAACAAACACUCUUCUGCUGUGUUUGUUGCUGUGAGGAUACGAUAACCAUGUGGACAUUAGCUGAAGACGUGCGCUGCAUUCUGGCCGCCGCCCUCCUAUCGGCCCUCUGCCUCCAAUCAGCGUUGACCACAGACGACGACGUGACGCCGCGCAUCAGUUUCCCCUACAAUGCAAAAGAGAGAUCGGCCAAGAGGUUCUCUGCCAAGGGCGUCUUCAAUUACACAUCUUUGCUGCUCAGCCAGGAGGAUGACAUGCUCUAUGUGGGGGCCAGGGAGGCACUCUUUGCCCUCAGCCUCUCUGACAUCAGCAGGACCAAGCUGCAGAAGAACCUGACAUGGGCGACUCCUCUUGGAAAGAGAGAAGAGUGCAGCUUCAAGGGAAAGAACCUGGAGACCGAUUGCUUCAAUUACAUCAAAAUCCUGCUGCGGCUCAACAGCACUCACCUGUAUGUGUGCGGCACCUACGCAUUCAGUCCGGUCUGCGGCUACAUUAACACGUCAACAUUCACAAUGGCGAGGGAUGACACUGGCGAGGUGGUGAUGGAGGAUGGGCGUAGCCGCUGCCCUUUUAAUCCCGAGUACAAAUCCACUGCAAUCAUCGUUGAUGGUGAAUUGUACACGGGCACGGUCAGCAACUUCCAAGGGAACGAGCCGGUUAUUUAUAAGAGUUUGGGGCAAGGCACAUCGUUAAAAACGGAAAACUCUUUAAAAUGGUUACAAGAUCCUCUCUUUGUCGGCUCGGCUUACAUCGAGGAGAGUCAGCCAAUAGGGAACCCCGUGGGUGACGACGACAAGAUUUACUUCUUCUUUAGUGAGGCGGGGAAGGAAUUUGACUUUUUUGACAACACUAUUGUGUCGAGGAUUGCUCGCGUUUGCAAGGGCGACAGAGGGGGCGAGCGGGUGCUGCAGAAGAAAUGGACCACUUUCCUGAAGGCCCAGCUCCUGUGCUCCCUCCCAGACGACGGCUUCCCCUUCAACAUCCUCCAGGACAUGUUUGUCCUGAAGCCCAUGGGAGACAGCUGGGAGAGCACCGUCUUUUACGGGGUCUUUACAUCACAGUGGUAUAAAGGAGCAUCAGGUAGCUCGGCAGUCUGUGCCUUCACCAUGGCACAGGUGGAGAGAGCCUUUAGUGGGCGUUACCGGCAGGUCAACAGGGAGACGCAGCAGUGGUACACUUACAACCACCCUGCACCAGAACCAAGACCCGGAGCAUGUGUGACCAACCAUGCCAGGCAAAUGGGAAUCCAGUCGUCUUUGCACAUGCCCGACAAGGUGCUCAACUUUGUCAAGGACCACUUCCUGAUGGACAGUGUGAUACGAAGUGCCCCCUUGCUGCUGAAACGCAGCGUGCGCUACACGCAGAUCGCCGUGCACAAGAUUCAGGGCAUGGAGCGAGCCUACGACGUACUUUUUAUUGGAACAGACGACGGCAAGCUCCACAAGGCCGUCAAUGCCAACGACAAGAUGCACAUCAUCGAGGAAAUGAUUCUGUUUCCGGACCCGCAGCCUAUCCAGCACAUCGAACUGGAUCCUCAGAGGGGUCUGUUGUUCGUGUCAUCCUAUUCGGGCUUGGUGGAGGUGCCUGUGGCCAACUGCUCCAACUACCUGAGCUGUGGAGAGUGCGUUUUGUCCAGAGACCCAUACUGCGCUUGGAGCGGGCGCCUGUGUCGUGACGUCAGGAUGGCGCCGCCUGACAGCCACUGGCAGCAGGAUGUGGAGGAGGCUGACACUUCGGCCAUUUGUAACAGGACGCUGUCCAGCCCCAGAUCUGCUCGACCCACAACUGCCCGUGGUUCCCGUUGCCAGCUCAUCACGGUGCCCGCCAACACUUUCCGGGUGCUGCCCUGCAAGCUGCGCUCCAACCUGGCCGAGAGGAAGUGGCGCUACAGCGCCAGCGCCAGCCAGUUCCUGUAUGCCACGCCCAAGGGCAGCCUGGUGGUGGUGGCGCAGGUGGACAAGAUGGAGACCUACGAGUGCUGGUCUGAGGAGGAGAAUUUCCGCCAACUGCUGGCCAAUUACUGUGUCAGGGCGGAGCCUCGCCAGGAAAGCACUACCAUGAUGGGCCACUCCCGGACGCCGCACAUCAAGCCCGUGGAGACCAUGAUCCUGCCCGGCGAGUCCCGCUCGGAGCAGAUCCACACCAAGACCUACUGGAACGAGCUCAUCGUGGUUUGUGCCCUGCUGGCCUUCUCCUUGGUGGUCUUCUCCUUGUUCGUCAUCUAUAGGAACCGCGACCACAUGAAGUCCAUGCUGAAGCAAGGCGAGUGCGCCAACAUGCAGCAGAAGAAGCCCAGGAUGGCGGGGAAGCCCACAGAGAGCCUGCCGCUCAACGGCAGCACCAUCCCCGUCUCCACCUCCGACCACAAGGGCUACCAGACGCUCAACGACAACUACAUCUGCAGCACGCCCACACGGGAGUCCUCCCCGGAGAGCAAGAGCUUCUCCGACGCGUCCGACGGGCGACCUCUCAACGUGAAGGAGAGCCACGUGGAAUACUCGCCCACGCUCCCGCGGCCUCGUGUGCGGUUAGGCUCGGAGAUUAAAGACUCCAUCGUGUGAGACCGGCAGGACAUUUUUUUAUUUUGCUCAUCUUCCUUUCUGUCCUCGCUCUGAAGCCGGAGGUCCGUUUGCGUGGAAAAGCAGCUCAUGGCCGCAUCUACCAACAGUUUGUUUUUCCGUCACAUCCUCAUGGCCGCUCGUUGCAUACAACUCGGACAUCGGACGCUCUAUCAGUAUUUAAAGCCCCAGUCCUCCAGUUCCACUGCCCAGGCCGCACGAAAGGUACCGUUUCAGGUUCAGGGUGGAUGAAAACAAAGUCAUGUGACGCAUUCUCAUCACGAUGGAAGACGAAGGACGUCUUCUUUACAGGGAGCGUGACUUUUCUCUCGAAUGUAUGUCAAAAGUCUGUUUUAUGCACCACGGACCUCUGGAGGAGGCGGCCACACUGCGUCACGUGAUCGGCAGGUACAGAAGGGGAGUCAUGUCCACACCGUUAUCAUUUUCAGGGUCGCGCAAUAUCAUCGCGCGCGCUGUGCCAAAAAAAACAAAAACAACAAAAAAACAACAACUUGAUUGUCUUAUCCAAACGCAAUAGUUCCAUUGUGUCGAGACCACCACUACCCGCCAUCUUUGUUUUAGCGUUGCAAAGAGCACUGAAGGGUUGAGGCACAAAUAAGAACAAACAUGACAUGCAAGGUAGGGCUGGUAGUUCAGACUUCUGAAGUCUUUAAAAAAAUAAAAAUAAAAAUUUGGGACACCAACCACCGAGGUACAGUAGGAAAGGGAUUCAUAUAGCCCCAUUCCUGGGUGGAUCUCGCGUGAGAGGAAGAGGGGGGUCAAUAAUUUCGCAAUGCAGUCAUGAUAAUGGAAAGCGCCAAUCUACAUUGCAAGUGACGCUCUGGUCAAAGUUGGAAUUGCCGCGAAACACAUUCUAAAAAACUCAACACUCUCCUGCUAAAUUCAUCAUGUUUCAUGUGUCAAGUAAACUGCGACCAAUGGUGCAAUACGACUCCCCUUCCUACAGUACAAACCACAAACACUACUAUACUCUUAUCGCUGUCUGUUCUUCUUUCUACACUAAUGUACUAAACCGCACAGACUACAAAUAACCGGCAAAACGUCAAAACCGAAAUGCAAUUUUAGCUAGCCAGCUAGCAGGCACAGCAAUGUAGAUCAGCACAAUUGUGUCGUGUGUGCGUGGUGGCUUGUCGCUAGGCAGAAUUCGCAGUCAGUCGUUCCUCAAAAAAUACAAUAUGGUCACUGCCCAAUGGAUAGCAAUUGUUUGUUUUUUCUCAUCUGAAAGAACAACAAAAGCAGGUUUUACUCACCAUGCUGUGUCUUUAGUGAGCAGAAACUCAGACUUGAGAGUUGCACAAAAAUAUAUUUUUGUUCGCCACUCAUCCAACAGUGACUGCUGCCCCACAAAAAAAACAAGAAAGGACAGGGAGACUUGGCAAAAAUGUGAAAUAAUUAACAGUCGUCCCCCGCGAUUAAUUUGUAUAGUGAUAAACACAUUUCCACAAAGUAGGAUUGUUAUUAACAGAUCAAAUGUUUUCAUAAUUCACUACCUUCUAAAUUUUUUUUGUUUACAACAUUGGAACCAUGUAAACAUAAAAUAACACUCACCGACAGCCUGGAGGAUCCUUCAAGCGUCAUUCCUACAGUUGUCACCUGGCCACCACAACAUGGCCACAACGUGGCAAUACUUGGUCACUUCUAAGUUAGAACUGGGAUUCCAUGAGCCUAAACCCCAGAUGUAAGUUAAAAACUCGGUCAACUUGACACCCGCAGCUGCGAUCAUGAGCGGUGUUGUCAGCAUUCCGUGUUAGCAUUGCGCUUCCCUCGUUGUUAUUCCGCAUCACUCAAGCCAGAGCUAUGUUACUGACGUCCAUGUUGAAGUGCUGCCAUACAGUUCAUCUCCACUCUGGCCGGUCAUUUGCUGACAGUCUUGUUAGCUUGAAGUGCUACCAGCUGUUGUCGUCAAAGUCCCACCAAGGUGGAGAUGUGUCAAUGAUGAGGCAGGAGGUGAAGACGAAAUGCAUAAAAAAUAUAUAUUUUCAUGACUAUUUACAUUGUAGAUUGUCACUGAAGGCAUGAAAACUAUGAAUGAACACAUGUGGAGUUAUGUACUUAACAAAAAACGGGAAAUAACUGAAAACAUGUUUUAUAUUGUCGUUCCUUCAAAAUAGCCACCUUUUGCUCUGAUUACUUUUUUGCACACUCUUGGCAUUCUAUCCAUGAGCUUCAAGAGGUAGUCACCUGAAAGGGUUUUCACUUCACAGGUGUGCCUGAAGCGCAUGGAGAGAAUGCCAAGAGUGUGCAAAGCAAUAACCAGAGCAAAGGGUGGCUAUUUUGAAGAAACUACAAUAUAAACCAUGUUUUCAUUAUUUCACCUUUUUUUUGUUGCCAUGUGUUCAUUCAUAGUUUUGAUGCCUUCAGUGACAACCUACAAUAUAAAUAGUCAUGAAAAUAAAUAAAAGGCAUUGAUUGAGAAGGUGUGUCCAAACGUUUGGCCUGUACUGUGUAACAUAACUGAUGCAUAAUAGAUAAAUAAAUAAAACAUACGUGUUCCUUUAGGCCAACAAUAUAUAGAAUAUGCUUCAUAUAUGUGUGUGUAUAUAUAUAUAUAUAUAUAUAUAUAUAUAUAUAUAUACAUAUAUAUAUAUAUUAGGGGUGUAACGGUACGUAUAUGUUUAUGUAUAUAUGUGUAUACAUAUGUAUAUAUAUGUACAUAAAUAUUUGUGUAUAUAUGUAUAUGUAUACGUGUGUGUGUGUGUGUGUGUGUGUGUGUGUGUGUGUGUGUGUGUGUGUGUGUGUGUGUGUGUGUGUGUGUGUAUGUGUGUGUGAAUUAAAAUGGUGAUGUAGCGAGGGACGACUGUACUCCAAAACAAAAUUAUAAAUGACUUUGAAAUUCAUUACAUACAGUUGAAUUCGGAUAGCAACUUUAAAUAAAAUAAAUAAAAACAUAUAUCUUUUCCUAAAAGAAUGGAAGAAUUUCCUAUUCAAAUGUUCCAAACUCCUGUUUCCAAGAAGGUACACUAGCGCCUCUGCUGGUUCAACCAAGUAGUGCAGUCCAACGGCGCCUCACUUCUUUCCAAGGCACAAGUGAGUCACAAGUAAAAGCUGUCCAGGUUCCAUGCAUGGGAUGUGAAAGUGAAAGCACAGGUAAUCAGGGAGUUUCAAUACUCGCAAGUUGUUUGCACAUUUCACUGAAAACCCGUUUUGGAAAAAAAAAUGCAACUACUGAAAAACCAGAAAGAAAAGCAGGGACCAUUUAAGUACACUACACCAUUAAGUACACUCGCUCAUGGAGACUUAGGAAAUAAAGCAGACUUUUCCAAAGACUUAAGGAAGCUGUUUGAGUUCCAGUAAAAGUACAAAACCACAUGUCUUCGCGUAUGAAAUAUAACAAUUAUAAUGCCCUGCUCCCUUGAACACUGACUAGUUAUUGCACAGCACGGAGCGCAGAAGUGGUCAGUGUUUAUUUUUUUUGCCUCGAUUAUAUCUGUGCUUAAUAUUGUGUGUUUUUUUACGGGACCUUUAUUGUGCAAGGUGUGUUGUAGAGAUAGUACCCAGUGAACACUGAUCCUUUUCUCCCAUGAUGCUUUUCUGCCUGCAUACACCAGUUCGCUUCCGUCAUACCGAGCAGGUAAUUGAUCAAGCAUAUCAAAGCAGGGACACCAGCUGGGUUUGCCAGUUAGCUUAGCAACGCUAGGUUGAUGCUAUUUUUUGUUUUUUUUUACUUAAAAAUUGUCUGAGUUUAUUCGCAUCGUACAUAUUUCUUAAUGUACAAUACAAAAGACCAAAUGUAAUUUACACAGUCAAAAGUGUCUGGAAAGAAGCCAAUCUUAUUUGAAAACAAGCCUGCUAGCUAAGGCAAGCCAGGCUAUUGCUCAAUUGUUGGAAAUCAACACGUUCCGGUUGAAUAAUGCAAAUAUUUUGUAAAAAGUAUUUAUUUCGUAAAUGUGUUUUUAGCUGACCCACAGUCUUUUUUUGUUUUGUUUUUUUGCGUUGUGUUAUUGUUUACCUCAGAAUCACAAAUACUUUAUCAAUCCCCAAGGGGAAAUUAUAAUUUUCAGCACAAUCCCAUUUAUCGGACAAACAUUACAGGGAGACAGAACAGGAUCAAACAUUACAAGGAGACAGAACAGGAUCAAACAAUACGGGAAGACAGAACAGGAUCAAACAUUACAAGGAGACAGAACAGGAUCAAACAUUACGGGGAGACAGAACAGCAUCAAACAUUACAGGGAGAAAGAACACGAUCAAAAAUUACAGGGAGACAGAACAGGAUCAAAGAAUACAGGGAAACAGAAUAGGAUCAAAAAUUACCAGGAGACAGAACAGGAUAAAAACUACAGGGAGACAGAACAGGAUAAAAAAAUACAGGGAGACAGAACAGGAUCAAAAACUACAGGGAGACAGAACAAGAUCAAAAAUGACCAAGAGACAGAACAGGAUCAAACAUUAGAGGGAGACAGAACAGGAUAAAAAAAAUACAGGGAGACAGAACAGGAUCAAAAUUACAGGGAAACAAAACAGGAUCAAACAUUACAGGGAGACAGAACAGGAUCAAACAUUAUAGGGAGACAGAACAGGAUCAAAAAUUACAGGGAGACAGAACAGGAUCAAAAAUUACAGGGAGACACAACAGGAUCAAACAUUACAGGGAGACACAACAAGAUCAAAAAUUACAGGGAGACAGAACAGGAUAAAAAAAUACAGGGAGACAGAACAGGAUCAAAAAAUACAGGGAGCCAGAACCGGAUCUAAAAUUACAGGGAGACAGAACAGGAUCAAAAAUUACGGGGAGACAGAACGGGAUCAAAAAUUACAAGGGAGACAGAACAGGAUCAAACAUUACAAGGAGACAGAAUAGAAUCAAAAAAUACAGGGAGACAGAACUGAAUAUAAAAUUACAGGGAGACAGAACAGGAUCAAAAAUUACAGAGAGACAGAACAGGAUAAAAAAUUACAGGGAGACAGAACAGGAUAAAAAAUUACAGGGAGACAGAACAGGAUAAAAAAUUACAGGGAGACAGAACAGGAUAAAAAAAAUACAGGGAGACAGAACACGAUCUUAAAUUAAAGGGAGACAGAACAGGAUCAAAUUACAGGGAGACAGGAAUGGAUCGCUGGCGGGUCUGCCAACUUCCUGCGCCCCUUACAAAAAAGGUGAGAUACAGGUAAACAAUGGGGGGGUUAAAUCAGUCUACAGGUAAGCCUGGACCCAUGGAGAGGGUGUCCAGAAUGAGGCCAAGGGAAAAUUGUAAGUUGUAAAAAUGAACAUUUUGGCUACCGGCCUGAAAAUAUUAGGACUUUACCACAUCUUUAAAAAAGAAAAGAUCCUGCUUUCAUAUGCUUGAUGAACUCAUUCAAAGUAAGAAAUGCCUUUAGCUAGUGUGUCGUUCAACCCAGGCGUGACAUCGCUGCCCAAAAUUCAGAAAACAGCGUGAUCGGAACAAACAUCUUCCGACUAACAUUUACACUGACAGCUGCUCAAACUGACAUGUUGGACCUUAACUAACACUGUGUUGUAUUUAUUAAUGACCAGCAAUUCAUUUGGAGUAGCUCCUCCACAUACUGUACUGGACAUGAAUGUAGACACCAUCUUUUAUUGCUUUGUUUUGAGUUGAAACAGUCACAUGAUCAGCACAACACAACAGGACUAACGGCAUUCAUAAAUAAUCCACUUCUGCAGUCAGUUUCUUAUUCACCGCCAUAGUUGACUGAAUAACAAAAGUAGACAAAUGUGGUCUUGCCUGCAUGAUUUCCCUGUUUUUAUUUUUAUUUUUUACUUAUUAUAAAUAUUAUUCGUCGUGUAAAUAAUUGUGAACUGUAUAUUUUUUUUUUUUGUAUUAUGGAGAUCAAUUGUGACUGUUGUUUUUAUUAUUAUAUUGUACAUAAAAAGCACUUUAUUUUGAAGUUUUUAAGAUAAAUGAUUAAAAAAAUAAAUGUUUUUUGACAAA